AUGGAACCACAACAUCUCGGUCUAGCAAUGAUACAUCAACACGAUCAGAUUGGCCCGAUUCGCCAAAUUCGUGCAGGUCUCCGCCUCGAUUCGAUCGAUGAUCGUCCAGUUCCGCUACAUUUCCGGAGGCACGAAGUGGGACAACGACCUCAAGUCUGGAGGAAUCGGACAACAAGUGAAUCGGUUUGGCCUUCACAAUUCAUCGCACAGGAUCGGGGCAAACAAUCGAUCGAAUCCUAUUCAUCGGACACCCCGACGACAGCAACCGCUCCAGCCACCGCCACCCAUUCAUCUGCCAAUGCACAGCCCGCAACAUGCGCUGAGGUCCCGAGAUUCCAUGUGAUUCGCUCUACAGAUGCCCAUCAACCGAGCAAAUCCCGUCACAUCCGUAUUCACGGAAAACCCCGACGAUGUGCUCCAAUUGACAGCCAGUUC